UUCUCGCAACACUGCAGGACGGCGACACGUGUCACUUCCGGUUAUCAGGUACUCGUGUUGAUCAGAACGCCUUCGUAACACAAAUUGUAAAAUUGUCAACAAGGGAAGACCGUGAACGUGGUUGCUGGAAACUGAGGUAAAGCACUGUCAACUACCUCGGGUACAUCACUGGAGAAAGUGGGGGCGUGUUAUCAGUUUACACAAGGACUUGUAACACACCCGCUGGGUGAGAGAUAGGGACGGUUGGAUGAAGGGUAUUUCAGCAAAUAACUGCACACAUCACCUACAUAAACAUCCAGUCAGUAUGGACAUAGAUGGUCUGAGAUCCACCCUGAACAAGCAUGGACAGGGGCACCUGCUCAAGUUCUGGGACGGGCUGAGUUCAGAGGACAAGGAGCACUUCUAUAAGGAACUCACCAAUAUCGACUAUGAAGAAGUCACCACCUUUUACAAGAAUGCACAGGAGUCCCUGAACUCUUCUGCCCAGAAGAUAGAUGACCAUCUUCAGCCCCUGUCCUCAGGGGUCUGUGGCAGCUUCUCCAAGACUGACCCAGAAACACUUCAGAGUUAUGAGAAGAGCGGUCUGACUGCUGUGAGUGAGAACAAGGUGGCUGUGCUGCUACUGGCUGGAGGGCAAGGGACCAGGCUUGGGGUGCCUUACCCCAAGGGCAUGUACGAUGUGGGACUGCCCUCCAAGAAGACCCUGUAUCAAAUUCAGGCUGAGCGUAUUUUGAGAGUUCAGAACCUAGGCAAGAAACAGACCAGCAAAUCAGGAGUUAUACCAUGGUACAUUAUGACCAGUGAACACACAAUGGAGCCUACACGAGAGUUCUUUGCCAAGAACAAGUACUUUGGUCUACAGAAGGAAGAUGUUGUUCUGUUCGAGCAGAGUUUGCUCCCUUGCUUCAGCUUUGAUGGAGAGAUUAUUUUACAGAGUCCCUCCAAAAUUGCUCUCGCUCCAGAUGGUAAUGGAGGCUUGUACCGUGCCCUACGUAGAAGCAAGGUCCUGGAUGACAUGGAGAAGCGUGGCAUUGAGUACAUACAUGUCUACUGUGUAGACAACAUUCUUGUCAAAAUGGCCGACCCAAUCUUCAUGGGGUUCUGCAUCUCAAAGGGAGCUAACUGUGCUGCAAAGGUUGUGGAGAAGGCGUUCCCGACAGAGGCUGUGGGGGUGGUGUGUAAGGUGGAUGGUGUGUACCAGGUGGUGGAGUACAGUGAAAUCACACAGGACACUGCAGAGAAGAGGAACGAAGAUGGCAGACUGGCCUUUAAUGCUGGCAAUAUCUGCAAUCAUUUCUUCACGUUUGACUUCCUGAAACAUGCAUCUGAUGGCCCCCAGGAAAGUCAACUGAAGCACCAUGUGGCGAAGAAGAAGAUCCCCUAUGUGGACAGUGACAGCAAGGUCCAGAAGCCAACCAAACCAAAUGGCAUCAAGAUGGAGAAGUUUGUCUUUGAUGUCUUUCAGUUUGCCACAAACUUUGCUGUGUGGGAUGUGCUGAGAGAGGAUGAGUUCUCUCCCCUGAAGAAUGCUGACAGUAAUGAUGCUGAGAUAAAGGUGAAGGACACUCCCAGCACUUGUCGCCAAGCGCUGUUCAACCUUCAUCAUCGGUAUGUUGUCAAGGCAGGAGGCAAGUUCGUGGACGGGGAGGGAUCUGCCAUUACUACCCAGCCAAGUGACAUACAAAAUGGAAAUGAAAAUGACCAAUCAGUCAUCUGUGAAAUCUCACCAUUAGUGUCUUUUGCUGGAGAGGGUUUGGAGGAGCAUGUAUCUGGCCAGGCAUUAGUGUCUCCAGUUACCCUGGAAGUAACACCAGAAAAUGGCAAACCUCUGCUGCAACAGGGAUCUGCAAAAUAAUGCUGGCGACAUCUAGGACCAACCUUACCACCAGCUGAAUGCCUAUGUGGUUGUCCUAACAACAGCUUUCAUUACCUAUGUAUGAUGUCAUCCUAUGCCUUGACAACAUAUCCUAUGUAUGACAUCAAUACCUUGAUGACAUAAUCCUAUGUGCCAUUAUGAAAUAUUUAAUAGUUGCCUGGCAAUAAGUACUCUGUUUGUUGUGAUAUGGCCAGUUGCCACGGUAACAGGUAUUAUGACCUGUUGCCAUGGUAAAUCCAUCAUGUUUGCCAACAGCUGCCUUACCUACCACCAGCCAGGUAGAAAGCACAACACAAGGGGAACAAAUUAUCACCAUCAUCUCAUGCUUGGCAGUUUGGGCUUCACUCCCAUCCGUACGCGUGUACAUCGUGGCAGCUCGAUUCACUGUCAUCAUCAUCCACAUCGUUGCUUGGCUUUGUUGUACACCAUAUACUCAAGAGGAACUUAUUUAUAGAUUUUAUUGUCAUAUAUCUCUAUAUCAUUGCCAUGUUGUUACCACCACACUUCAAAUGCUGCAUAGUUCAUAUUGACACGCAAAAGACUUGCCAAAAAUUACAUUAUGAAAAUAUAAUGUGUGUACAAAAGUAAACCUAUUGUUGACUUAUUGCCCGUUCAAGUGUUGAAUGGUAUUAUUGAUACCAUUUGUGAUAAUACAGAAGUGGUUCAGUGAUGGUUGUACAGUAGAUCAUGGUUAUUGGGAACAGAUAUAGCACACUAAUGGGUACAGCUUACUAUUUCAAAAGUCCCCACUGCGUUACUGUACAUAUACAUAUAUAUGAUAUAUAUAUCAUAUGAAAUUCACACAAGUAACAAAUUAACAGUUAUUACAGACUGACCUAACAUAUCAAUAUUUUGUUAUGAACUUGUAAUGAACUCAUCCAACUAAAUCAGUGUCAUCCAACAUCGGAGAUGAAACACACCAGUUACAUGCAAUCCCUAAUUUACACUUGUAGAUUACUAAACACAUUCACCAAGUCUAGAACAUAUUGAACUUGAAAGGUUAUUUAAGGUUCUUUUAAAAACCACAUGGUGUAUAUGUGAAUGUUCAAACUAGGUUUUUUUGCACUCAUGAUGGUGAAUGAUAUGUAUAGGAAUACUGAGGGAUCCAAUAUGGGACAAGGUUUUCUCAAUAACUAACAGAUUUCAACAGUACGUUGGAGUUUGUUGUGACCAUGUUUUACUGUACAUGUAUGUGUAUAUUGUGUUAAAGAUUACUUUGAGAUGAUUGCCAUUGUACAUAAUGUAGCAAUUGUAACCCGGAUCUAGGCUGUAUAGUGUAUACAUACAUUUAUUUUCUACAACACAUGUCUCAACAUAGCCUACCCCAAAGAGUGACAUCAGAGCUUUACUACAGUGUUUUCCCUGAGGGCAAGUGUAAGGUGAUACAAAGACUCCUGACCUUGAAUCAUGGCCCUCAUUUGUCAGUGUAGUUGUACAUGCUUUAACUUUUAUCACUAGGUCACAGCAUGGAUGAAACAGGUUUUCAUGGUGUCAUAUAUUUUUAGAGAGACAAAAUAUUUUCCUCAUUACCUGUUGUGGUCCAUAGGGCUUUAACUAUGGGUACACAUACAACAUUAGGAUACAGUGUCAGUACUCAUAGCUUGCUCUUGAUGCAAUAAAUAUGAAGUAGAUCUUUUUCUGGAGGAAUUUGUCAGAUCUACAGUGGUGUAAAUACAUAACAGAAGGCUGUGGAAGGAAUGUUUGGCAUGACAUUUUUGUGUCUAAAAGAUUUAGUUGUUCUACAUGUUAAGUGUGUGAGAGAAUUUGGUUUAACAAGGCUUUGAACAGUAUGUCUGUCACAUUACCACACAGCUAAGGGAAACAACUCUGCAUAGCAAGUUGCACCACUUCAUACCACUUGUCAAGUUUUGCAAUGGACUGAAAAACCAACUGCGAAUAUUUCACACUGUGACAUAUCUUGUUGAUAUGUAUUUAACUCAGUAUAUAAACAUUUUUCAGUAAUACUGUUGGGUUCCAUUAAUUUUGUCAGUAGAUAACAAGGGAAACUAAAAGCUCACUUUCCUCAUUCUUAGUUGGGUAUAUUUGAUGUCAGGUUAAUCUGACAACACCCAUAUAUCUGAUUUUGGAAAAUCAUGAUCACUUUGUUUCAUUGUUUCAGCCCUGUGGGCCUAGACACUUUAUAUGACAUAGUAUUACAGUGACAAUAUGGACCUUGCAAGCAGAUGGGUGUGGCCAUUUUACUUUGAAAUCUCUAUGCAAGUCAUGUUUUAUAAAUCAUAUUUCUAAAUUAUUAUCAUAGUUAGCAACACUGUAAAAUUAACUUUUGUUAUUGUUUCUUACAGGAUUUUCUUCUUUCCUUUUUUAACAAUUGUUGUUGCCCAUUAUUUUAGUUGAAUGAAAUCAUAACAAUAUUUAUUUUAUACAUGUUAUGCAGUAUAGCCAUUGUUACAGUGUAAGUGUUAACAGUAUUAAAGACCAAAUCACAACAGAACCAGAACAGAUGUCAACUCAGGCGUUACUACAUCAAACAUUGGACAUCUAAAGAAAUUGAAAAUGUGGUUUCAAAAUGAGCUUCAUUUUUAGAUACGUGUUUUGUUUACUGCCCACACUAUGAAUUAUAAUGAACAGUAAUGUACAAUAUUUUUGCAUUAUAUUUAUAAUCUUUAUUUGGACAUACAAUUUUACGUCCCAAGUUAGGAAUGUCAGGUUUUCUGUUCUCACUUGCUUGUGUCUGAAAACACUUGAGUCGAUAUCUGAAAGGAACUGGAUGAAUGUAUCUGUAUAUUGUUAUUAAGUAUUGAUUUGAUAUUACAUACUGCUGAAACUUUACCCAGUGGUUGUUACUCAGUGUCAAUAUGUUAGUUGUGUUGCUACAUGUUGAUGCUCUGUUUGUGAGCAGGUGGGAUGUGAUUUCAUGGAAUUUCUUCUUAUAUUAUUUGUUCCGUGCAGACAAUUUUGUGUAGUGAAACAGUUUUUAUGUAUAUUGAAGUCAUUUGGACCGUGUUAAUAAAAUGAUGUUAUAUUUUGAAAAUGAAA